CGAUUAUUUUUAACGUUAUCUCGCUCUAACCGAGCAUAAACUUCCUGUAUAAACGAUGCUCGAGAUAAGUCCCGUGGUUAUAAAAGACUCAUUGCACUCUUUUACCACUUUCCUUUCCUGUCUACCAUCUUCACUCCGCUCACCCAACCUUAUCCUGUUUCUAAUACGUCCACUACAUCUUUCUCAUACUAAUCAUGAGAUAUUGUUCAACGGAAGGUACCAACAACAUAGCUGAUAUUCAUGCGAAUGGAGAAUCACCAUGGCCAGACAUCUCUCCUGAGUGUGAUACUCAGAUGUUGAAGGCCCUGCAGGAAGGCACCCUUAACUUCAAGCGGGGAAAGGCCAUACAGUCUAGCGGUGACAAAAUUGGAGACGAGAAGCCCAUCCACCCAGCUGACAGAAUGUUCUGCAAUCUGCAAGAACUAAGAGACACACGAAAUCUACCCAUGAUGCAGGAGAAAAGAUUUCUCCUCUGUGAAGCUGACACCACAGACAUCCGUGCACUGGAUCGGAAGGGAAAUAAACGCCAGGUCGCUUUUAACCUUUCAAGAAGCGAUGGCUUACAUCUGGUGCUCAAUGACAAGUUCUGGGGAAAUGCGGUUGGAGUAUUUGGUAUGAGACAUCCUGGGCAGGACCAAGGCCAAGGCCACUGGCUUCUUGGUAUGCUAGAGGGCACUAACGACAUCAUUCUUGGGAAAACCCAAGUCUCGUCAGCAUGGGGGUUUGUUGCAUCUGGGAAUGAUAAAUACGGACAUCCAUGUUACGAAAUCUGGAGCCUGCGAAGCGAUGCAGAUGGGUCUGGUGGUAUUUGGUUCCCAGAAAAUUGGAUCUCUCGCGCGGGAUACGACGAUAAUAAUGAAUGGAAAACUUACGAUUUCGGGAGAGGAGCACCACGGGGGUUUUUCCGCGUCAAGUUUGAAAUAGUUGAAUGA